GUAUGUUUGAGUUGUAGAUCUGAAAAUUUUAGGGCUAAAUCCUCUGUCUUUUUCUCUAUCGUUUGUAAGCUUUCCUGAGACAUCAUGGAAUCAAGCUCUAAGAUGGAAGAAUACAGACCUCCCACAACUAAACUUGUUUGCAACAGCGAUAAGAGCUAUCAUGUAUUUCUGAGUUUCAGGGGACCAGAUGUCAGAAACACUCUGGUUGAUCAUCUCUAUGAAGACCUCUCCGCAGCAGGAUUGAAUGUCUUUUUAGACAGCGAGAAAUUGGAAAAGGGGGAAAUCAUUGACAUGAGCUUGGAAAAAGCGAUGGAGGGCAGUGCCAUACGCAUUCCUAUUUUUUCCAAAGGCUAUGCAGACUCAACUUGGUGUCUCAAGGAGGCUGCUGAAAUGGUGAGAACCCCUGGCUUGAUCAUUCCACUCUUUUAUGAUGUGGAUCCAACUCAAGUCAGAUUUCCUCUAAAUAAGACCAGUCCCUAUAAGCCAUCAUUUGACAGACAUUAUGGCCAUUCGGAUCGGUACCAAAGACAAGAGAUCGAGUGGUGGAAGCGUGCCCUUAAACAGAUCUGUCCAUGUCUAGAUUUUUCUGCUCGUUCAGUUCGAUACCAGGGAAAGGAGAUUGACAGCUGGAAGAAGGCCCUUCAUGAUAUCUGUUCUCGAUCAGGAUGGUCCAUGGAUAUCACUCAAGGCUUUGAAACUCGGUUAGUGAAGAAGGUGGUGAAUGACCUGAUCAAGACAUUGGAUAAAGUGUCAUUAGAAGUUGCCAAGCAUCCAGUGGGAAUAAACAACAUAAAGAAUUCUCUCAUUCAGAAAUUGCAUCUCAAUUCAGCAAAUGAAGUGGUUAAACUUGGAAUUUGGGGUCUUGGUGGUAUUGGCAAGACCACAAUUGCCAAGGCCUUGUACAAUCAACUUUAUGCUCAUUUUGAAGCUGCUUCCUUUGUAUCGAAUGUCCGUGCCGCUGCUGCAGACCUCCGAGGCCUCACAAUUUUGCAGAAUCAAAUUCUCGAAGAGUCAACCAAAUAUGUUGGAACAGUGUACAGUGUUGACAAGGGCAUAUCUUUGUUGAGAGAACGUUUGGGAGGGAAACGUGUGCUGCUUGUUGUGGAUGAUGUAGAUGCUUAUGAGCAAUUGAAUGCUUUAGUUGGAGAUUGGUUGGGUUCUGGCAGUAGAGUUAUUAUAACUUCUAGAGAUAAACAUAUUGUCAAACUUGCUCAAGUCCAAUACAUCCAUGAGAUGAAUGGAUUGGAGAUAAAUGAAAGUCUCGAGUUGUUCAGCUGGCACACUUUUCUCCGAAAACAUCCUAGUCCCGGCUAUGAGGAUCUGUCCAAAGAAAUAGUAAAAGCUUGUAAGGGGCAUCCUCUUUCAUUGGAAGUGAUUGGAUCCUUUUUGUAUGAUAAGGAGGCUGACAGAGGUUGCUGGACAGAAGCUCUUAGCAACAUUACUCUCAACCCAGAUAUUCACAGAAGAGUCUACAGUACACUCAAAAUCAGCUAUGAUGAUCUUAGUGAUGAAGAAAAAGAAAUAUUUUUGGAUAUUGCUUGUUUUUUCAUUGGACAAGAUAAAACACAUCCCAUUGUUUUCUGGAAAUCCAUCUACAAAAUGGUAGACACUUCCAUAUCUAAUCUUGUAAUGAAGUCAUUGAUAAAGAUUGAUGACAAAGGAUUAUUUGAUAUGCAUGACCAUUUGCGAGACAUGGGGCGGUUUAUUGCUAAAACAGAAAAGAAGGGCACCCGACUAUGGGAGGCUACCCAGUCAAGCACCUCCAAUUUCUCUCGUAUUCAACUCAAUAGCAGCAGUUCACAAAGGCUUGAAAUGCUUUAUAGUCCUGGUCGUCAGUAUCUUGAUUUGGAAUAUCUGUUCAUUGAAGGCACGAUAGAAGAUACGCUAGCCAUGAUUCCUCCAAGUUUGAUAUGGUUAAGGUUGAAACAAUGCACCUUUGCAAUCGGGAAGGACACAGCAGUGACACAGCCACGUCACUCCAGGUUUGUGGGGAACAUUUGGCAAUUGAAGAUUAUGGAACUACAAGAUUGCUCUGAUUUGAACGACAAUUCUAUCCACUACCUAUUUUCACUUCCUAAUAUACAGCUGCAGCACUUGGACUUGGGAGGUUGUAGAGGGUUAAAUACUCUCCCUGAUAGCAUUGGCAACCUGUCACAGCUGCGGCAGUUGAACUUGGGAGGUUGUGGAGGGUUAAAUACUCUCCCUGAUAGCAUUGGCAACCUGUCACAGCUGCGGCAGUUGGACUUGACAAAUUGUGGAGGGUUAAAUGCUCUCCCUGAUAGCAUUGGCAACCUGUCACAGCUGCGGCAGUUGGACUUGGGAUGGUGUGGAGGGUUAAAUACUCUCCCUGAUAGCAUUGGCAACCUGUCACAGCUGCGGCAGUUGAACUUGAAAUGUUGUGAAGUGUUAAAUGCUCUCCCUAAUAGCAUUGGCAACCUGUCACAGCUGCAGCAGUUGGACUUGGGAUGUUGUGGAGGGUUAAAUGCUCUCCCUGAUAGCAUUGGCAACCUGUCACAGCUGCAGCAGUUGGACUUGCUAUUUUGUGGAGGGUUAAAUACUCUCCCUGAUAGCAUUGGCAACCUGUCACAGCUGCUGCAGUUGUACUUGAGAUUAUGUGAAGGGUUAAAUACUCUCCCUGAUAGCAUUGGCAACCUGUCACAGCUGCGGCAGUUGAACUUGGAAUGUUGUGGAGGGUUAAAUACUCUCCCUGAUAGCAUUGGCAACCUGUCACAGCUGCAGCAGUUGGACUUGUCAAAUUGUGGAGGGUUAAAUACUCUCCCUGAUAGCAUUGGCAACCUGUCACAGCUGCGGCAGUUGGACUUGAGCUAUUGUGGAGGGUUAAAUACUCUCCCUGAUAGCAUUGGCAACCUGUCACAGCUGCGGCAGUUGGACUUGAGAUAUUGUGAAGGGUUAAAUACUCUCCCUGAUAGCAUUGGCAACCUGUCACAGCUGCAACAGUUGGACUUGUUAAAGUGUGGAGGGUUAAAUACUCUCCCUGAUAGCAUUGGCAACCUGUCACAGCUGCAGCAGUUGGACUUGUCAAAUUGUGGAGGGUUAAAUACUCUCCCUGAUAGCAUUGGCAACCUGUCACAGCUGCAGCAGUUGGACUCGAUAAAUUGUGGAGGGUUAAAUACUCUCCCUGAUAGCAUUGGCAACCUGUCACAGCUGCGGCAGUUGAACUUGGGAGGUUGUGGAGGGUUAAAUACUCUCCCUGAUAGCAUUGGCAACCUGUCACAGCUGUGGCAGUUGGACUUGGGAUGGUGUGGAGGGUUAAAUACUCUCCCUGAUAGCAUUGGCAACCUGUCACAGCUGCAGGAGUUGCGAUUGACAAAUUGUGGAGGGUUAAAUGCUCUCCCUGAUAGCAUUGGCAACCUGUCACAGCUGCAGCACUUGUACUUGUCAAAUUGUGAAGGGUUAACAAUCCUCCCAGAUGGCAUUGCCAACCUGUCACGGCUGCAGACCUUAAUAUUGUGGGGGAGUGGAAUUGAACGUCCACAUACGAUUGGCAACUAGUCAGGUGAGCAUUCGAGUGGUGUUGAUACGCUUCCUCGACUGGAGAGUUAAAAAGGAUUGUAACGGAGAUUCUCAUGUAGCAAUAACAGAUAUUGAAAUAUUCUUAGUCCUUCAUACAAGGCAAAUAUUUAAUAAUAUUUUUUCAUAAAACUA